UGUUCGUUUUGAUUGGUGGGAAAUAAAUAAUAUAUAGUACACGCUUGCGACACACUGAGUAUGUGGAAUUUACUCAUUUUACUGUGUUUAAUGCUCGUUACAGCUGCGAAAAGAACACCAAUUUGUGCAUCGAUUUUAACUUAUCAGAAACUGCGACACAGAUGGCGCUGCCGAACGGCCUACUCAAGGCGCAGCCGGCGCAGCCUUCAUCAAUACACUGUGCUUUGCAUUUCUUUCUUACACAGAUUUUCCAUGUGCUCGAGGUGUCUAGGUGUGUUUGCGUACCUACCAUCAACUGCUGGUGUCGUCUUUGGUAUUUGUCACCUGCCAGCAUUGUGUUGAGUAAACUUGAUUGUGUGCACGUUCCUCAUGGUUCGAUAUAAGUGCGCGGUAACCGGCUGCGCAAGCAGCAGCGAAACUGGGGGACUGUCGUUUCAUUCUUUUCCCACGGCCGAUGAUCGACGGAAAAUGUGGUUGGAGGCGCUAGGCUGUGGAAGCAGUGGAAGUACACUGGCACGCCGGGUAUGCUCGCUGCAUUUCGACGAGCGCGCCUUCACACGUGUUGGCUCCGAGACUCAACGUGGUAUGAAGCGACGGCGGCUGUGCCCCGACGCAGUUCCGAAAGGCAGCGCAUCUGCUGCUGGGGUUGGACGUGCUAUUACUGAAGAGCGCACAGGAACAGACGCUGCCAUGCUUGUAUGCCCUAUGGAAGCAUCAUGGACAGUGGAACACAAUCCUUCAGCACUCACCAACACAUCGGAUAACAGCAUUCAUUUCGUGGAGUCGGACUUCGCCAUUGGCUGCAAUGCAGAAGUUGGCACAGACACCGGAGCAUGCGGUGACAUGUCCCUCACUCAUCUGACUGCCGGUUGCAAGCCUAAAGAGAGUGCCAGAAGUGACCACAGUUACUGCAGAAUGCGUCAUUUUGCUGUGCAAACUGAUGGGGUGCAAGCUACACACAUGGUGUCGAAAGGUGUGCAGGUGGCAACUACUCCAAAAGUUCGUUCCGAAGGGACACAGACGGACUUCCAGGCUUGGUCAACUGCGGGAUGUGGGGAUGAAUUGGAAGACACUGCAGAGAUACUUGACUCAUCAGGUCACCGUAUAAGAGCACCGCUUCCAUCAUCUCCAAUAAGAUGCUCGACACCACUGCCAUCGGCAAAGGAUCUCGACGAAACAUAUGAGCCAUCAUUUCAUGACUCACAUCUACCAAGUGGUUGUGAUUCUGUGCCACCUAGCGCUGAAAAACAGUACAUCGUUUUUGAAAGCUGCUUGAUGGAGCUAUUCAGCAUGUGCACAGUUUGCCAAGCAUCGUGUAAAGCUGAAACUACACUCUAUGGCUCCCUUCUACAAGUUGAGACCACCUGUGCUUGUGGGCACAAGAGUUGUUGGUUGAGCCAACCAAAAGUUUCUAAUAGGGCUUUGGGUGGCAUGCUUUUGUGUGCCGCUAUAUGCUUCUCAGGCGCGAGUCCUGAGAAAGUUCUGAGGCUGCUGAAGCAAGCCAAUAUUCAAGUGCCAUCUACGAGGACCUACUACAGCUACCAAGGUGCACUGUUCCAGCCCGCCAUACAACGUGUUUGGGACACUGAACGAGAGGCUGUAAUCGAAAGCCUUCAUGGACCAGUAGCAUUAGCUGGUGACGGCCGGUGCGACUCUCCCGGGUUUUCUGCGAAGUUCAUGACUUACACUUUCAUGGCCAUUCAAACUAGUAAAAUCAUCCAUUUCGUUCAGGUGCAGCUUGGAGAGAACAGCGAGGUGAGAUCCAGCAAUGCCAUGGAAAAAUUUGGCCUGAAGAAGGGACUUGGGGAGCUAAAGGACCAGAACGUCACUAUUUGUUCAUUAACUACUGACAGGCACGUGGGCAUCAAAAAGUACAUGAGGACAUGUGAGCCGGGUAUUGAACAUACCUACGACGCGUGGCAUGUUGGUAAAGGUGUCAAGAAAAAGCUCACAGUUGCAGCCAAGAAAUCUGCUUGUGCUGCCUUGAAAGAUUGGAUACAGCCAGUGGUCAACCAUCUGUACUGGUGUGUUGCCGUUAGUGAAGGUGACGGGGAUCUACUGGUAGCCAUGUGGAAGAGCAUGCUGAACCACGUCAUAAACAUGCACGCUGGCCAUGACAGCCCUUAUCCGAGGUGUCUGCACGGGGAUGUGCAAAAUGGAAAGUGGUUGACACCAGGCACCCCGGCUUACGCACGUCUCGUGAGCAUAGCUACAGAACAGGGGCUACUGAAGGAUAUAAGGAAGCUUUCCUCUUCUGGACAAACUUAUGGACUUGAAUCGUAUCACAGUCUCCUAAUAAGAUUUGCCCCGAAGUCUGUCGCAUUCAGCACCAUGAUGAUGCGUGCAAGGACACAGUUGGCUGCUCUUCACCACAACGAAAAUGCAGGUCGAGAGCAGGCAGUAGUGGCAAGAAAUUGUGCACUCAGAUGGAAGAGGAAAAUGCUCCGUGCAAAGAAGGGAGCGGAAGUUGUUUGCCCAGUAAAAAGCAAGCCAACUUACGCUUAUGUGGACAAGCUAAUGACGGAGAUGCUGCACGAGAGCUCUUCAUGCAGUUCUCUCAAGAAGGCACAGCAGCAGCGAAGCAGCACCAGCAGCAGCCCCAAGCCUCUGGCCAUGAUCCAGCUCAACCAGCCAAGGCUAUCGAAGAGUGAACUCGUAGCUGCACGGCAAUCGCGAUUUGUGGCGUGCUCAGUGCAGGACAUGCCAUGAGUAUUGCAUGUACAAGCGAUUUCAUUUAGAGCAUUGGCCGAAAGUGUUAUGCAUGGCUGAUGGACUUCCAAAGUUUCUUCAUUUGUUUGGCUGGUUGCUUGUUUACUUCCUUGCGUAAUUGCUUUAUUUAUGCACUUCUUUGCUUAUGUAUUCAUAAAUGCAUACCUCUGGCCAUGAUCCAGCUCAUCCAGCGAAGGCUAUCGAAGAGUGAUCUCAUAGCUGCACGGCAAUCACGAUUUGUGGCGUGCUCAGUUCAGGACAUGCCAUAAGUAUUGUAUGUACAAAUGAUUUCAUUUAGAUCAUCGUCCGAAAGUGUUAUGCAUGGCUGAUGGGCUUCCAAAGUUUCUUCAUUUGUUUGGCUGGCUGCUUGUUUACUUCUUUGCGUAAUUGCUUUAUUUAUGCACUUCUUUGCUUAUGUAUUCAUCAGUGCAUACCUCUGGCCAUGAUCCAGCUCAUCCAGCCAAGGCUAUCGAAGAGUGAACUCGUAGCUGCACGGCAAUCGCGAUUUGUGGCGUGCUCAGUGCAGGACAUGCCAUGAGUAUUGCAUGUACAAGCGAUUUCAUUUAGAGCAUUGGCCGAAAGUGUUAUGCAUGGCUGAUGGGCUUCCAAAGUUUCAUUUGUUUGGCUGGUUGCUUGUUUACUUCUUUGCGUAAUUGCUUUAUUUAUGCACUUCUUUGUUAACGUAUUCAUAAAUGCAUACCUCUGGCCAUGAUCCAGCUCAUCCAGCCAAGGCUAUCGAAGAGUGAUCUCAUAGCUGCACGGCAAUCACGAUUUGUGGCGUGCUCAGUUCAGGACAUGCCAUAAGUAUUGCAUGUACAAGCGAUUUCAUUUAGAGCAUUGGCCGAAAGUGUUAUGCAUGGCUGAUGGACUUCCAAAGUUUCUUCAUUUGUUUGGCUGGUUGCUUGUUUACUUCCUUGCGUAAUUGCUUUAUUUAUGCACUUCUUUGCUUAUGUAUUCAUAAAUGCAUACCUCUGGCCAUGAUCCAGCUCAUCCAGCCAAGGCUAUCGAAGAGUGAUCUCAUAGCUGCACGGCAAUCACGAUUUGUGGCGUGCUCAGUUCAGGACAUGCCAUAAGUAUUGUAUGUACAAAUGAUUUCAUUUAGAUCAUCGUCCGAAAGUGUUAUGCAUGGCUGAUGGGCUUCCAAAGUUUCAUUUGUUUGGCUGGUUGCUUGUUUACUUCUUUGCGUAAUUGCUUUAUUUAUGCACUUCUUUGCUUAUGUAUUCAUCAGUGCAUACCUCUGGCCAUGAUCCAGCUCAUCCAGCCAAGGCUAUCGAAGAGUGAACUCGUAGCUGCACGGCAAUCGCGAUUUGUGGCGUGCUCAGUGCAGGACAUGCCAUGAGUAUUGCAUGUACAAGCGAUUUCAUUUAGAGCAUUGGCCGAAAGUGUUAUGCAUGGCUGAUGGGCUUCCAAAGUUUCAUUUGUUUGGCUGGUUGCUUGUUUACUUCUUUGCGUAAUUGCUUUAUUUAUGCACUUCUUUGUUAACGUAUUCAUAAAUGCAUACCUCUGGCCAUGAUCCAGCUCAUCCAGCCAAGGCUAUCGAAGAGUGAUCUCAUAGCUGCACGGCAAUCACGAUUUGUGGCGUGCUCAGUUCAGGACAUGCCAUAAGUAUUGUAUGUACAAAUGAUUUCAUUUAGAUCAUCGUCCGAAAGUGUUAUGCAUGGCUGAUGGGCUUCCAAAGUUUCUUCAUUUGUUUGGCUGGCUGCUUGUUUACUUCUUUGCGUAAUUGCUUUAUUUAUGCACUUCUUUGCUUAUGUAUUCAUCAGUGCAUACCUCUGGCCAUGAUCCAGCUCAUCCAGCCAAGGCUAUCGAAGAGUGAACUCGUAGCUGCACAGCAAUCGCGAUUUGUGGCGUGCUCAGUGCAGGACAUGCCCUAAGUAUUGUAUGUACAAAUGAUUUCAUUUAGAUCAUCGUCCGAAAGUGUUAUGCAUGGCUAAUGGGCUUCCAAAGUUUCUUUAUUUGUUUGGCUGGUUGCUUGUUUACUUGUUUGUGUAAUCGUCUUAUUUAUGCACUUCUUUGUUAAUGUAUUCAUCAGUGCAUACUGCAACCUUUUCAGCAGCGCUGCAUGUUUCAGCCCUACUGUUAUUUUGAGGUUGAGGCAGGCUCUGACAAGAACUUUGCAGAGGCUUCACAGAAGCGGUGGGCAGAAGCAAAGAAUUCAGUCAAGCAUUGUAGAUACAAUGAAAUGUAGCAAAUUUUUGCGAUGUGCGCCUGAGGAUGCAAUACUUGCUGGCUUUGAUUUCUAGGCAAUGUGUGUUUAGACUCGUAAGUGCUUGUUGCCUGUUGUAUAUUUUCAUCUCCACAUAGUUAUCGCGAGAGAACAUGCUUUGUGACUUUUAACAUAAACUGAGAAGAAAUAGUUAAAUAAGAAACAUCUUGGGAAACAACAUUUCAACACAGGGACUGUAUGUCCAAACGUUGGCUCCAUCGGUAAUCAUAGCUUGACAAUUUCUCAUCUCUUCAAGCCUUAAAUUUCUGUCUGUUCCACCCUGAACUACUUUGAAUAUCACGUGCGCUGUGUUUCUGAUCCAUUUUCGGUACCUUGUCACUUGAUGUAUACGCAUGCUUCUUUUACGUCACAUAUGAACCAUUCUUUAAGUGUGACCAAUAUGGCUGCGAUGUCGGCGUAGGCGUCAUUCGACAUUUGAAAUUUAUUUGCUGAUGCUUCAGAGUUAUUGGGCUAAGCAGCUAAAGAAGAUGCUUCUUUCUGGUGGACUGAUUAUAUUUUUUGUUCACCCCAGUCUUGUCUCGGCAGCAAGAGGAGCUUUGUUUUGAAAGUUUUACAUUACUAAAAGCAGUGCUGCUCACCUAAUUUUCAUAAAAUUGCUGCUUUCUUAGAUAAUAACUUGUCUAAUCACAGCCUUUGCCAUUUUCUAGCAAAUGGCUAGAAGAAGGUUCUAGGAAGCAGUGUAAAGGUAGUAGAGUAAUUGCAUGCAUACCUUGCUUGCCUACAUAGAAUGUGUUUGUGGGAAUAUAAAACAUCCUCUAUAAUUGGGUCAGUGUGGAUAGUAUUCUGGCCAGUUCAUUAGGGGAAAAUAUAGCACCCUGUAGAUUUCGUAGACAAGCAGAAGACUGAGUAACACUUAGACAGAAAGAUAUCUCUGCUGACAUGCUUAAUCAUUUUUAUGAGAUUAAAUUUUGUCUUAUGCGCUACCAAAGCGUACUUUUCAUUGUACCUCUGGUUCAAUGUUUUUGUUCUACCGUACUGCCAUUGAAAGUCAUCAUUUUAACAGAUUGUUCCUGCCAUUGGCUGCAUAUCACUAAUUUAUCACCAAGAUGAACACUGAAGCACAGAUGAACCAAAUGUUGAGAAACGUAUUAAAAUAUACCUAGAGUAGCUACGACUUUUUCACACAAAUCUUUUCUUCUGAGAAGAAAUGUGAUUUAUAUGGCCUUCACAGUGAUGCGCGAGACAGUUAUUGUCGUGAUUUCUGUGCACAUCGGUUGAACGCAUCGAUGCAACGAUGUUAAUCAAGUGUUUCUGUCAUACAGCUUCUGUCACUUGUCGACACUAGCCCCUUUCCGCUGUGGCGGAACGCUUGUAUAGCACUCACAGACAACAAUACUAAUUAUGGGUGCCGUUAGGGUUGAGGGUUGCAGCUUAUCGUAGACCAAGUCGUCUGCGAACAUCUUCAGGAACACUCGAUGCCACCAUGACUGAUGUGUGUAUCGGUAGUUGACUCUUCACUUGACCUUCGCAAAAUGUGCACUAGUGUGACAUUGCCUCCUCACUUGUGACGCAAGUGAUGCUUCUGAGGAAAUAUUGCUAAAUUUUGCAAUAUUUCCUUGAAUUUUAUCACCGAUGCUUAUGUAGAUGUUAUCCUGACAGAAACAAAACAAUCAUUCUAUUCCUGUUCUUUUCCUAUUCCUAUUCCUAUUCAAGUGGUCACGUUUUGAUGGAGGCAAAAUGCUAGAGAUCUGUGUACUGUGCGAUGCCAGAUUCUCAAAAAUUUCCCGAGCCCUCCACUACGACAUGCCUCAUAUUCGUGGUAGUUUUGACAGGUUAACAUUGGACAUAAAUUUUUGUUGCUUUCACUAUAGUUGUCUGAUGAUGUAUCAUUCAAAGAUAGACCAAACAUGUUUUCUUUGACCAUCACUGUACAUUGCACUUGAGUGUGUUGCUCUAUUAUAUGUUGUACGUAAUUUUACUGCUACUCCUGUAUGUGCACAUACCCUCCACCUUACAGUGCCUGCAGUGCGUUUACUGUAAUCAAGUUCUGCAUUGCCUUUGUGACAAUAAAGAUGAAAUGGCACUUUGGCUGCAUGAUUUCCCAUGAAGUAUUGCAGAAUGUACUUCAUGUUUGUGUUAAAAUCCAGUAAGCUAUGAAGCCACACAACCACUGUGAUUAGAUUUUUAUUGCAAUUCCGGGUACUUAAAUCCUGCAUAAUCUUCUGAUGGAACAUUUUUCUGAUGAGCCUAAUAGCACAAGCAGGAACCACUUUCCGGUUUCUUGGCCCGAGCCGGCCCCAGAUCCAACGAGUAAACUGCCGACAGGCAAUGUAUCGAUACCUCCUGUAAAAUAAACAUUUUUAUAUACA